UAACUGAUUAUCAUAUACCAAUGAUACUACUGAAGUAAGUGUAUAUCUGAAUAAUGAGUAAUUGAGACCACGAUUAAAUAGAUCUAUUUUGUUAUUAUUGACAUUUUGUUUUGCUUUUAUUCGAUGCAAGUUCAACACGUGUCCAUUUUAGGAAUAGCAAAUUAUAUUAUAUUACUAUCUAAUAAAAUAAUUUUAUAAGCGAAAUUUCAUUUUAAUUCUAUUGACCAUUUGAUUAUUAAUAUAUUCAAGUGAACAAUUUUUACAACAAUAAUAAAAUAUAUAUUUUAUUUUAUUACUUAAAUAUGAAUGAAGAAGAAAGCUUGUUGGUCCAAAAUAUUUUUGAACAAUAUAAUUUAACUUGGGAAAAUGACCAAAAAAUUCUUAUUGAUAAAGAUGUAGAAAAAUCGAACGAAAAAUGCCAACCUAUUUGCUUUGUGCCUAAUUGUAAAACAUCAAAAGAAUUUCCACUCUAUCAUUUUCCCUCUAAGAAUAAAGAACUAUUAUAUAUAUGGAUACAAAGAGUUGGACUAAGUACUAUUUAUGAUGAAGGAAUAUACACAACUUUAACUAUAUGCAAAAAACAUUUUGAUGAAAAGUGCUUUGAAGAAGAAAAUCAUCAACUAAAAUUGAAUGCCAUUCCUUCUUUAAAUUUAAUUGAUUACACAGGACCUCCCGAAAACUGUUUUGCAAUACCUUCAACAUCAAAUAAAGAUUUAAUGAUAAUGUCUACUAGAACAGGUGAUUGUACAUGGGGAUGGCUGCUAAGUACUGAAGAAUUCGGAAGAGAAACGGAAUUUAAUGAAUUUAUCCCAUUGUCUGAACAAGAAAUAAAUAAAGCUGAGUAUAAGAGUUUGACGAAUGCUGCCCACUGUAUGAUAUAUGCUGAAAAUGAUGAAAUGUUGUUUGGAAUUUAUAAAAUUCGUGCAUCAAUACUUAUGCAACUGCGUUAUGAUGGAUAUUUUGGUUUUCCUGGUGGACUAAUUGAUGCUGGUGAAGAUAAUGUAACUGCUGUCAACCGAGAAUUAAAAGAAGAAAUGAAUUUAGAUAUAUCUAAGCAUGAGGUGAAAAACAAUGAUCACAUUAUAUCCCAUUGGAGUAAAGAAAGAAAACUAGUAGUUCAUUUUUAUAAACUUAAAGUCUCCAUAACUGAACUUCUUGAAAUUGAAAAGAGGGCAUUAUUAGCAAAAGAUUAUGGAAAUGAAGUACUUGGUACUGUAAGAGUUCCUUUAUAUACUAUGGGUGAUAAAUAUCGUGGAUUUCCUUUGUUUUUAAACCAUAAAUUCAUUGGAAACUCACAUGACCAGUUGUUGGCUGCAUUGGUACAUUUGAAUAUAUUUACAGCUGAAGAAGUAAAAUCUGUUUCAAGUGCAAGUAAAGGAAACAAAUAAUUACUGUUUUACUAUUUUGUUAACAAAUAAAAAAAAAUUUUAUGGUGAAAAUGUUUUGAAUGAUAUUGGGUAGCAAUCUAAUGUAUUUAAAUUUAACAAUACACAGGUUUGAGUGGCUGCAAAUGAAGGUAUGCUGAUAAGCCUUGUAGUUACAUCUAAAAAUAUUAAAUUAUUAUUUUUUUUUAUAAGAUUAUAGCAUAAAAUACUUGCCAUUAUUAUCUUUAAGUAAUGUCUGAAAAGAUUGCUGAUUUGAAACAAAAAAUACAUUUGGCAUUUCUCUAAUUAUAAAUGGAUCUUGUCCUUCAAAUGGAUAACAUGCUGAAAAUAUGUUUUAUGGUUACAAAAUAAAUAAUAAAUCAAAAUUUUAAGUAAUUACGAAGUGUGUCUGGAGCGGAGGGUAUUUGAUGACCCCAUUCCAAUAUUUUUUCUAAUAUUUCAAUAGGGUCAACUAAAUUAGAAAACCUUUGAAUGUCUUGAACAGUUUGCCCUGAAGAUCCCAUAAUAAGAUUAC